GUGAGCAGGUUAGUGUUCAAAAUCAUCUUGGAAGUGCGUGAAUAUAAAGGAAUUACUGUCACAAAAGUGACAGUAAGUGGGUUUAAAGCCACCAGUUUUACCAGUUGAUUUAUGUGGGAAAGUUUUCAUCGGAUUUACAUUUGACUUCGUGGCAAUCAGCAGCACUUUUGCGUGAAAAAACAAUCAGGAAAUCUCGUUAAAUUCUCCGGACUACAUCUGGGGAAACAUUAGACAAUUUAAUGCAUCUCUGAACAGCAAACAAGCUCGUUGCAAGCCGAUAACGAGGAGCGACAGCGAUCCUGCGCACCAGACGUUUUCGCCAUGAACCAAACGGCAGGAGCCACAAACGCAUAUCGCAGAUGCUCCAAGAAUGGAAAGGAGCUGGUGGGCAGUAACCCUCCGCAGAGGAACUGGAAGGGAAUAGCGAUCGCCCUUCUUGUCAUUCUGGUCAUCUGCUCGCUGAUUGUCACCUCUGUCAUCCUGUUGACACCAGGUGAGGAUGACCGCCUGGCGCUCAAGGGCAAAGUGACCGUUGGAGACCUCUUUAGAAAAGACUUCAAGGUUCAUGACCCUAACGCCAAAUGGAUAAGCAGUAAUGAGCUAUUGUACCGUAGUCGUGAUGGCGAUGUCGUCAAGUUCAAUGUCGACACUGAUGAGAAGACCAUCUUGGUGCAUAACAAGAAAUUUGAAAUGUACAAAGCCAGCAAGUAUGAGGUGUCUCCUGACAUGAAGCAUGUGCUGCUGGCCUACAACGUCGCACCGGUAUACCAGCAUUCUUACACGGCCUUCUACAUCAUCUGCAGUCUGGAUACUCCGGAGACCUGGAACUUGAACCCUCCAGAGGUGCGAAAUGCACAGCUGCAGUACGCAGGUUGGGGACCCCAGGGUCAGCAACUGAUCUUCAUAUUUGAGAACAACAUCUACUAUCGCUCUACAGUGGAGAGCCGCUCCAUUCGUCUGGUGUCUACUGGCAAGGAGGGGGUCAUCUUCAAUGGGCUCAGUGAUUGGCUGUAUGAAGAGGAGAUUUUCCAAUCCCAUAUUGCUCAUUGGUGGUCUCCAGAUGGUGCCAGGUUAGCAUACGCCACCAUAAAUGACACCCUGGUGCCCAGAAUGGAACUGCCCAUGUUCACGGGCUCCCCCUACCCAAUGGGGAAAGAGUACCACUACCCUAAGGCCGGUGAGGAGAACCCAGUUAUCACGCUGUAUGUUGUGAACCUAAACGGCCCUCUUCACACCAUCGAGAUGAGGAGACCUGAUGAUCCCAGGAUAGGUGAGUACUACGUGACCAUGGUGAAAUGGGCCACCACCACCAAGCUGGCCAUCAACUGGCUGAACAGAGCCCAGAACAUCUCGAUACUUACACUGUGUGAGGCCACAACGGGAGUUUGCACAAAGAAACAUGAGGAUGAAAGUGAAGGAUGGCUGCACAGACAGAAUGAGAAGCCUCUGUUUUCCAAAGAUGGGCUGAAGCUGUUCUUUACUCGUGCCAUUCCUCAAGGAGGCAGGGGCAAGUUCUUCCACAUCUCCAUGUCCAUCUCUCAGCCCAACACCAGUACAGACACACUGCAAUCCAUCACAUCUGGAGACUGGGAUGUCACCCAAGUCCUGGCCUAUAAUGAGGACAGCCAGUUGAUAUACUUCUUGAGCACUGAGGAUGGUCCAAAGCGAAGACAUUUGUACAGCGCGGACACAUUUGGUUCGUUCAACCGCCGCUGUCUGUCGUGCGCCUUGUCCGACAGCUGUGGCUACAUCAGCGGCUCCUUCAGCCACAACAUGAGCUAUUUCCUGUUAAACUGCCAAGGGCGGGACAUCCCAUUUGUAGCUGUUUACAAGACACAGAGAGACGGAGAAAGUGAGACGCAAGACAGAGAGAGUAUUGCAGAAGUAUAUAAACUGGAGAGUAAUCAGAACCUGAGGCUGACCCUGGACUCCAUGCAGAUGCCUAUAGUGGAGUACAAGGAGAUCAACAUGGAUGACUACACCCUGUCGAUGCAGAUCUUCAAACCUGCCGGGUUCGUGGAGACAGCACACUAUCCACUGCUCCUGCUUGUCGACGGGACCCCUGGUGGCCAGACGGUGGCGGAGCAGUUUCACCUGGACUGGACCACCGUGCUGGUGAGCAGCUUCGGUGCCAUCGUGGUGCGCUGUGACGGACGAGGCAGCGGCUUCCAGGGCACCAACCUACUGCACAGGAUUCAGAAGAGGCUGGGCGUGUUCGAGGAACAGGAUCAGAAGGAUACUCUUAAUUUCAUUUUGAAAGAGCCCUACAUUGACAAAACCAGAGUUGGAGCAUUUGGAAAGGUGUAUGGAGGCUAUGUGACCAGCCUGUUGGUCAGCGGCGAGGAAUCACCUGUCAAGUGUGGCGCUGUCCUCUCACCCAUCACUGACUUUGAAUUAUAUGCUUCUGCAUUUUCAGAGAGAUAUCUUGGGCUGCCUAAACCUGAUCCAAGGGCAUACACGAUGGCAAAUUUAGCACACAGAGCAUCUCAGUUCAUGGAUAAGAAGUUUCUUAUUAUCCAUCCAACAGCUGAUGAAAAAGUCCAUUUCCAACAUACAGCGAAAUUCAUUGCCCAGCUCAUCAAUGAAAAGGCCAACUACACCUUACAGAUCUACCCAGAUGAAGGCCACUUCAUUCACAGUGAAGCAACAAGGCAGCACCUCAGCCAGUCCCUGGUCAACUUCUUCGAGGAAUGCUUCAGGCUACCAGAAAUAGUGUUUGAGGAGGUGCUGGAGGAGGAGAGUGAAGACGAGGGUUAGCUCAGCCUCCUGAGGCUUAUGUGCCCCAAAUACUUCCCACCCAUGUUUCACCUACUGAACCACCUCCAUCCUCUCCCAGUGCCCAAGCACAACACUGGCAUACAGCUUUCCACAAUAUGUGGAAAUUGUCAUCUGUCCUUGCCCAAUUUUAUUUGCACUCCCCGUGUCUGCAUGCUGAACCUGAGGACUGCCUUUCUAGCAGACGACCAUCUAUUCGCCCAUCUUCUGCCCUGAGUUCAAACCCAAACGGCCCUCCAGAGAGCCAACAAAGACUGAAGACCUGACAUGGAAUAUACUGAUUGAUUUCCCACAAAGCGGUCUCCUUCACAGCAGGACGGACCAGCUCCCUGAGCAGUGGAGAGACCGCAUCAGCAAGACUUUCCAGCUGUGAGGAGAGGAACACCUUAUAGCACAUAACUGAUGGGGUUGUAUAUUAAUGAAAAUCAGACGCCUGGUGAGAAACACUGGUUGGCAGUGUUCAUAACAGGUGUUUGGAAUUGUGCAGAUACAGGAAAUGUUACUAUUUUUAAAGUUGUGAAGAACUUUCAUGUUGGACUGUGGUUGUGUCUAUUGUUCUUACAGUAUAUAAAAUAGCACACAAACAUUCAUUUGGCUAUUACAGAUUUACUGUAUUUUAUUUCGGUAUGUCCUGAUGUUGGUUUCAUCUCGUAGCCUCGUUUUAUGUAUUUCAGUGAUGCUGACAGAAUUCUCUAGCUGGCAAAAUGUUAAUGUUUGGAUGAAAAAAAACAAAAAACACCAUGGGUUUCUCGAUGUUCAUUUCAGAAAGUUUUAUGACGCUCCAGUUUUAUCAAAUGUUAUUAGCAUUACCUUGUUUUAGUCACUGUGCCUUACUUUGUUAGAAAACAUCCUGCUGUGGGAUUGCAUUUAUGAACUACAACAAGGCUAGUUUUAUAGGAAUAGUUUGACACUUUGGGAAAUAAGCUUACCCACUUUUGUUGUAAAGACUUAGGUGAGAAGAGAGUAAUUACACUGUCAUAUCAGCCACCAGCUGGUUAACUUAGCUUAGCAUAAAGACUGGAAGCAAUGUAGCUCCUCUAAUAAUGUGUCAUUCUUUAUUCUGAGUAAAGACUGCAAGUUGUGAUUUAAGGAGUCUUAUGACAUGGAUUACUUCUUGGCCAGUGGCAAUGGCUUCCUGGAGUCUCCAGAGCCAGACUAGCUAGUUUUCUCUCUGCUUUUAUUAUUUAUGCUAAGCUAAGUGUCUCUUGGAUUUAAUAGAAGGAAAUGACAGUAGUAUCAAUCUUUCCAUCUAACUCUCAGCAAUAAAGCAUACUUUCCAAAAUGGCAGCUAUUUUUUAAAUAUAUAGCUUGAAAUAGCUAAUUAUUCAAAUAAAUUAUAAUUUUAUUAAUGUUAUUGAAAAGAGCUACUUUAACAACACUGAGAAUCAAUCAUUACACCAAGCUAAAAUGUACAGAAUCUGCAUGCAUCAUUGCUUAGACGCUGUUUAAGAAUGGUAGGUGAAGAAAACAGGUCACCAGUACAGACACUGCAGUUUUAAUCAGAAGCCACUGAAUAAACUUUAAAGUUGAAGGCAAGAGGCCAUUAGUAUUUGAGAGAAAUUAUGCAUUUGUAAAUAAGAGGGGGAAAUUGUCAGCUUCAGCGUGCAAUGAAGACAUGGCAAACUUAAUGGUGAAUUCUUGAGGCACAAGUUUAAUUUUCCUUUUAUUUAAAUUUUAUUUGAAUGGCCAUGUGUUUUACGUUUCAGUGCAUGUUAAGAGGUUAUUUGCAGCACUAUCCCUGAUAGCUCAAUUCCACAUGGUAAUUUUGACAUCUUGAAUGUUCCUUACUGGAUUGCAUAAAUUACAUCUCCAGUAGUGUUGUGAUUGAGAUCCCAGUCUCGUCGGCUUGAUGUGUAAAUGUUAUUCAAAUAUCAUUUUAUUCUGAAAAAAGAAAAGAACAAUAUUACCUGAGUGUUAUUUGUGCAUAAAGCAUUUUGGAAGUUACAUUUGACUUAAUUUCUGUUCUCCCGUUGCUGUCCUUGAACUGAGUUGAAAGUGGACUUUAUAAAUGCCAAUGGCAACAUCAAACUUUCUUGCCAGUGGUUGAGGACUUUUUCAAGACGCUCAACUUUGUUAUCCAAAGCAUAGAAGGAAAAUUAAUGUCAGAUUGUGGCAUGAAGGUAAAUGUUAGAAUAAAAAAAACUAGAUAUUUUGUCAGCCUUCAGUCUUUUUUUGGCUCAUGUUUUUUUGCUCUUGUGAAUUUUAAAGCUAUAUUAAUUUUUUUUUUAACACCAACAUGUCAUAAGAAGUGUUAUCAAACAAUUGCCCAUUUAUGUGUCUAGCAGACACACGGAAACAUUUGCACUAAUUUAGUCAUGUUUCUGGUGACCAGUUAACUGUAAGUCCAACAUUUACUCUGCUUUUCGUCUCCAAUAAAUCGUGAGUAAUA